UACAGCAAGCAGUUCCGUGACUGUUAUGGUCGCUUGAUGGUUUAAUAAUUGUAGCAGAUCAUUGACUAAAGUGACUGCAUUUAAGUUUUUGUUUGGGUAAUUAACAUAGAUGGGCAUGGAGACCCAGCGAUAGUUCUCAUGUUCUAAAUGUCCCAUUGGGGUUGGGGAAUACCGGGGUCUAUUUCGGGAGUGGGCUGACUCAGGCGGCCAGCCCCCAGCUUGGAAUGACCCUAAACUGGAGCAGCACUCCGGAAGACUAAAAAAGAGAAAUAAAAAAUAAUAAAGAAAACCUCCGAAAAAUGGAUACCAGCAAUCGGGAGCAAAGUGAGUAUUCCUUUGGGGUCUUAGAGGAUGAACCCACGGGGGGAGGCACUGCCGAUGAUGACGAUGAAGACAUCGAAGAGCUCCGAAACAGUUUAAAGAACAUAGUGCAGGACCAAACAGUGAAACCCAAGCUUCAGUGUCUGAUGGUGGACCCCUCCUUCUCGAUGGUGACGGUGCAGAGUGAGGACAGCGGAAUCGUGUGGGAGACUGUGUCCAGCCGCUGUUCGACUCCGUGGGCCUCGGAGGGCAGCACCACCUCAGACACAUACAGUCUGGAGGGCUCUGCUGCCCCGGGCAAAAUAGUGAUUAUCAUGGAUGAGGAUAAAAUUGUGAGGAAGAGGAAGAAAAGAAGCGGAGGGAAGCUGGGAGAGAGACUGAAAAGACCAUCAUCUAGAAAUUUCCCAGGGGGGAAUGAAAGACCAUUCAUGACUGAGGUCUCUGUCCCUAACAUAAGACCUGAAGGUGCAGGUGAAAAUGGAGAACCCAAAGAAGAUAAAGAACAGCAGUUAUUUAACUUAGUUUCUGAGGGUUUUGAGAUACUAAACAUUAUUGUUCCCUCAAAACUUGCUACAGUGGAUGAAGAAGAAAGCUCUGAGAUGUCAGAUAACUUGUCUUAUUUGGAGAACACAGCAAUAAUAAAAUCAAAACUGAUACGUGAUGAAACAGAGUUAACAGAAACCACGAAAGCGAUUGUUGAAGUCGAAGAAGAGGAGGAGAAGAUAAAGCAGGCUGAAACAGAAAGUGUUCCAACUGUUGAACCUGAGGGAUCUCAGGAUUCGGUCGAUAAAGAAGCCAAGAAGGAUGGGACAAGUGAUAUGGAUUAUUUUGAGAAGUUUACAUUGUUGGAUGUGCAAUUCUCAGAUGAGCUUUCUACUGGGACUGAGGAACACGUGUUAGUAAAGAAUACUCUAGGAACUGACCAACUGGAAGAUCAUGAAAAAAUUACAGGUGAUGGUUCAACAUCUGAAGAUGCAUUCAUUAUUAUUGGUGAUGGUGAAAUAGCGAGCGAGCAUCUUGAUGAGAUUUUCAAUAAAAGUGAAGGCUAUGAUCAGACAAGUGAUUCAGCUUUCUAUGAGGAAAGAGAUGAAGAGGAGCAAUUGGAGAGUCAGGGAGGACCAUUGAACACAACUAUGAAAGAAAGUGGUUCAGCCUUAUUUGGUAGCCAAGAGACUAUUCUCACACCUAUAUUUCUGUCUGAGGGACCGCCAAAAAUUAUUGAUCCUAUACUUCUGGAGGAGCCUGCGGCCAUGUCAUUCCUCUACACUGACCUUUAUGAGGAAGCAGUAGGAAACAGGAGGAAAGAUGAAGAGUCCUCUGAUGUGGAAAGCGUUGUCUCUGAGAAGGCAUUUCAGAGGAGGCUUUCUGACUCUGAUGACGCAAGUGGGUAUUUGGAAAAGUUCAUUUUGAAAGAUGAGACACCUGUCGUGGAAAGUGAAGCUACAGAGCAAGAUCAGAAUGAAGAUGGAUUACGAAUGUGGUCUCAGAGCUCAUUUGAGCUCAUGGGGUGUCUGACACGGGUGGAAGAAGAAGACACAAAGAAGGAAGAUAUCAGUAGAGAAGCAACACAGAGUAUGCCAAAUGAAAAAAGAGAAGAAAUAGUCACAAUAUCAGUAAGUAAAAAUGAUGACUUUGCAUUCCAGGAUACAGCCCCUGAAAAUGAGGCAUCUUCAGAGGCCAGAAUGUAUUCAGAUUUGUCGAAAUCUCAUUUAGAAGCAUUUGGAAAUAAGGUGGGGAGCACACUUGUUGCAGGUAAGGAAAAAGUUGAUAGACCAGAGGAAUUAGCUGGGGAAGUAGUCACUGAUGGACGAAGUAUGAAAGAUAAGGUGGAAGAACCAAUCACUGCUUCAAAGCCUAAAACUCUGGACCAGGGAACAGUCAGUGUCACUGAAGAUAUCACAGGAAAAACCAAAGAAAGCACUGCUGAUCAUAAAAAUAAAAACAUUAUCACAAAGAGUAAAGUUUUGCAAAGUAAAACGGAAAGCAUUAGUCCAGAACCAAAAUGCUCAUCUUCAAAAUGGGUGAAAAGCCAUGAAGAAUCUCAUGAUAAAACUGAAAAAACAAUUAUAGUCCAGACACCUGAAGUUGAAACAAAGGAAAAUUUGAAUUUGAAUGAAAAUUGUAAAAGUAAGCUUGAAGACACAGUUGUCCAUCAGAAGCCUAAAAGCAAAGGUCAGGAAUUAGUCCCUGAUAGUGAAGUAUCUCAAAAAAUAUCCUCUGCACAUAAACUUUCAGAGACUAAAAAUGGAUCAGCUGUUGGUCUUAAGAAACCUGAAUGCAAAAAUAAGGUAAUUGAAAGCGAGAUACUGGAAGACGACUAUGAAAAAAGCACAGAGAGUGUGAAGAGCCAGACUGAGCAAGUGAGCCAUGAUUUUUCAGAUGGCAUAAAGAGACUGCCCACUCAAAAAUCAACAGAAAGAAAACUGCCCUUGGAGGAAGUCUCAGAGAAAAGAACAGACUCUACUUAUGGAAUGAAAUUGCAGGUUUCACCAGUCCCUGAGUUAAUUGAAGCACCCAAGAUGAUGAAUUUGCAGGAAGAUGACAGUGGGAGAGAGAUAGAAGAUACUGUGGAGAAAGAAACAAUACCUAAGAUCCAAGAUGACAAUAUAAAAGUGAACACGACUCUUAAAGAGUGGGACAGUAGUGCUGUUCAGUUGAUUAGGGAAUUCCAAACGGUCCCAAAGAGAGAGAACGAGUUACUCAGACUGUCACCAUUGCUACUUGCAGAAAUAGAAGAAGAAAAUAAAAAAGAACAGGAGGAACCAGAUGUGUCAGUAAGAGGAGAAGGUUUAUAUUCUCCACUCAGGAGUUUUCCACCAGAGGUAAACCUCUCACAGUAUGGGAAAGAGGCAGAUCAAGGUGCGGAAAUUGCUGAGGAGUUGGGCUAUGAGAUGAUUACUCAGCAAGAGGCAAGAGAUUCAGGGCUCAUUGAAUCUUGGGAGGAGAAGAAAAACCAUAAGAGUGGUCUUGGCUUCACAGGACCACAUCUCCCCACUGAUGACCUGCUGGAGGAUGAGUAUGAGAUGAUCGAAUCUUUGGAUGAAUUAGAGCAAGCAGAACAUGAUUCCAAAGGACAAGCUAUGGAUGCCUUCUGCUUAAUCUGCCAGUGCCCAGUUUUAGCUGUGGAUAAGCCCUUUGGUGAACAUCAGGAUCAUGAGAUAUCAACACUGGAUGAGGCCUAUGAUGACAUUAGGAGCAAACUUGGUGAGUGGAUUUCUGUGUUACAAGAACGAUCGGAAAAGAUUGAGGAUAUGGUCUCCGAGCUAGAGCUGGCAUACAAUACAGUAGAAGAACACUUUAAAACAUGUGAGCAGUCCCUGGAUGAACAAAAUAAAGGAAUGAUGAAGCUGGUGAUGGACCAGUACAAUGAAAUGUCCCAGAGUAUAGAGGAGGAAAAGAAGGUCAAGCUGGAGCAGCUUUAUGACCAGAUUGUCGGGUUCCAGGAGAAGAUCGAUUCAGCAAAGGAAACCCUGAAAAAGAACGCUAAUGAAGUCGAAGUGCCUGAUGAACUUGCCUUUGUCUCUUCAUCUGCAGACGUCAAUGAGAGGCUGACCUCAGCCUUGGAGUCCUGCUUGUCUCAUGAACUUACCCCCAGUGCUUUCCCUAUGUUUGAGGACUAUUCUAAGAACGCUUCCGGGUGUAGGCGCAAGGAGCUUGAAGGCAUCGCAAUCCCUCAGAAGCCCCACCUGCAACCACAAGAAGCAAACUCUGCCACGAGUACCUCUGUCACAGUCUACUGGAAAGUCAAUGAAGGGGAUGUCAUCGACUGCUUCCAGGUCUACUGCAUGGAGGAGCCUCAUGCAGCUCUAACAGAAGAGUACCGAGUGACGGUGAAAGAGAGCUACUGCUCCCUGGAGGAUCUGGACCCUGAUAAGAGUUACAAGGUCUGGGUUAUGGUUGUCAAUUACACAGGCUGCAGCCUACCCAGCGAGAAGCUCACCUUCAGAACUGCGCCCUCCGUGCCGGUCAUCGAGACAGAGCGCUGCACGGUGUGCUGGGACUCAGCCGUCAUCCGCUGGAGCCCCGGCCACCCAGAGACUGCAGAGAGCUUCACGCUGGAAUACUGCCGCCAGUAUGCCUGCGAAGGCGAGGGCCUCAGGUCCAUCUCUGGCAUAAGAAGCUGUGAGCAGAAGGUGCUCCUGCAGCCAAAUGAGAGCUACCUGUUCUACAUAAAAGCAGUGAACACUGCUGGAGCCAGUGACCAGAGUGAAGCCACUCUCAUCUCCACUAGAGGCACCAGGUUCCACCUGCUGAAGAACACUGGCCACCCGGCACUGGAGCUGUCCGAAGACAUGAACACUGUGCAUUGGCGUGACGAGGCCUUUGCCCAGACGGGUGCAGACAGGUAUCCGGGAAUCUUGGGAGAGGUCCUGCCCCCACGAGGGUACCAUUACUGGGAAACGUCAGUGUCGGACUGCAAAGCCUACAAGAUUGGUGUGACCUAUGACUCCACGCUCCACUACAGCCCACUGGGGGAGAACAGUACUUCCUGGUGCCUUCACUGCAUUCCCACAUCAGACAGCUGCCACUUUGAGCUCCUCCACGACAGCCUGCAGACCAGCAUCAUUGCUGCGGUGGCCCCCGCCAGGAUCGGCACCAUGCUGGACUUCACUCGCGGGAGGCUGUCCUUCUUCAACAGCGAGAGCGGGCAGCUCCUGGGCUCCUCCCUGCACCCGUACUCUCGGGCCUGUCACCCGGCGCUGGUGCUGGAGCAGCCCGGCAGCCUGGCCCUGCACGCGGUCUUGGAGGUGCCUGAGUUCGCCAAGCACUGCUAGCCCUUGUGGGCGUCCACCCCACUAGCUUGGAUGGACUGUUUGGGUGUCUCUUACCCAAGAAAAUAAAGAAGGGGGAAAAAAAUAGUUUUCCCAGUUCUAAAUUUC